CAGGCCCUUCGAGUCAAGUGCCGGCUUGCAGACGCAGGAGCUCGCCGAGGAGACAACCGCCACAAUGUGCUUAUUGAGCACCGAGGGCUCCUGACGCAAGCCUUGGCUGGGGACCAUCUGCGCCUCAUCCCUUCAGUCUCCAGCUUUCAGAGCAAGAGAGCACUUGGGGAGCGGCCCCUACGAGAGACAGACGCUAACUCCACCGUCCGACCCCCCCCCGGGAGCUGUGCAGCGCCUGGGUCCUCCAGCCGAGCGUGCUAGACGCCUCACCCGCACGGGCCUGUGCGCCCCUCCAGGGAACGUGACAGGGGCUCCGUCUCGUUGCACCUACUGAGAGUACAACGGUGUUUAGAAGCCCUCGACCUGAUACCACUUCGAAACGAGAUCUUUGUCUUCUCUGAGACGCUAGGUAAUGUCGGUAGCUGUUUUGCAAGCAGCGCCCUCGAUGCAAGGAGCAGCUGCCGAACAUGGAUCCAAGAAGCUGGUAACUUCAAGCGCUAAGGUGUCCGCAGGCGGAAUGUUCAGUGUGCCUUGACUGCUCUGGAAGAUAGGCAAAUCCGCAGCUCCCAUUUCUACUAAAGUCUUUCUAAGAUCAUAGAAGGACAAACGCAAGUGGGUGAGGGUGACCAGUGCUGUCAGAGCUUCAGGCCAUAUUCUAAGACGUUGCCCACCGUGGGCCAUCGGGUCAUCCACGGAUGUGACACUAAAAUAAGGAGUCCUUUCCUGUUAGGCCAGCUCCAACAUUCAGGGUGUGUCUUCUGGAAUAAAUCCUCUUGAACAAAAUUUAAAAAGAACAAAUUUAGUGCAAAGUCCAGGGAGAGGACCAUGUAGUAGUAAGUGGGCUGAAGAAUCAGCGAAUUAAGUCUUUAAGAAAGACAAUCAGUAAAGCAAUUCUCAAAGGGCACGGAGAUAAAUUCCCAGUGUCUCCCCACAAGUAAACCAGCUGCCAAGUGAUAAAUCCUCUAGUCCCAGGGCACUAUCCUCACUAUCUGCUUAGGCCUCCAGAAGCAUGUGUCCACAGACAUUAAAGGGUUUGGUCAGGGAGAGAAUGUACAUGCUUGGCUGUCGUGACAGUUACACAAUUGUUCCUGCCUUUCUUUUUCCUUUCAAAUAGAUUGCCUAUGUGUGACGGACUCCAGAACAAACAGGGACGGGGGGAAAAAAAUCAAGCAUUGUAUUUCUAUCAGUGAAACGGACUGCAGGUUUACCCGGGAGGGAACAUCCCAGCCAUCCUGCUGGCCGGAUGACCCAUAAAGCAAUGAGAACCAGUUUCUCAGUUUGCAUGACUCACUCUUGUCUCCAACUCAAUAUCAGAUUGGUUUAAAACUUUGCUGGCACCAUUGAGAAAAAAGGACAAGUUACUGGAUGUUUGCUAGUAAUGGUUAAUGCCCACCCCCCCCCCCGCCUGGGGGGCACAGAUGUCCCGUCCGGUUGGAGGAAAGCAGCACCACCUGCUGAAACUCCCGUCCACUGUAGCUGAGAACAGCCGUUCCUCCCCAGCACCCCACCUGCCAGUCCGGAGGGUCGUGGGAGAACAGAACCGGGCAUCACAGAACCGCCUGCUUCUCAGCGGAUUCAGCUCCUCAUGGAGCCACUAGAGGUGGAGGUUAAGACCGAAGGAGCCAAGGAAAGAAAAGUAUUUUCUGUUAUUUUUUUAUUUUUUAUUUUUUUUAAUGAUCUUAUUCCCAGCAGUAAACAGUGCUGCGAUCUUAGGAGCUUUUCCUAUGAGCACCUGGGUACUUUCAUACAAGAUAGGAGACAAUUCUUUAGAACUGGGGCUGUGGUGUGAGACUGAAUACCAAACACACCCUGGAAAUGAAGCCCUGGAGCUGGAUGUGGGAGCUGCGAGAAUCGCAGAGAUGAAGGCUGUAUGUUUAUUCGCCUUUGCAAAUGAACUGUUUUUACAGGAAAAUAGGCAGUCAUAAGGACAGUCUUAAUAUUAUGUAGUGAAAAGAACUCGGACAGAAGUCCUAAGACUCUGGGCUUGUCACUUGAGGUCAGCCACUUAUUUCACUCUUGAUUUUCUUACACAGGUUACGGGGUUUUGGGUAUCCCAUUAGAUAAUCUAUUGAAAGCACUUUGUGAUCUACUGAAUGUUAUUGCUGUUACAAACGAUAAUAUUAUUGGAGAAAAUUCCUGGGUUAAUGCCUAAGAGAUCAGUGUUCCAUAACGAUCACUGAGAUAUGAUGUGAUAAUUCCAUUGACUGUUAUUAUACUUAAAACACAGCAUUUUUCAGUGAACUAAUUCUUUAAAAAAAAUGUGUUUCAGAACAGAAUCUGGGGUUUCAACAUUUCCAUUCUUAAGAAUUUCUGAUUCCUUGCCCAAAAUAGGUCAGUUAUAUUCAAGUUCUGAAAGAGCACAAAAAUCCUGGCCACUUGUAUAUUUGUCUUAUAUGCGGGUUUCUGCUAUUUCAGGAAAGUAGAUCUGUAUUAUACAUACAGGUAGAUGUUUUAGAGGGGCUUCAAGUAUUUUUUUUUCGGAAUAGUUAGCUUCAUUGAUUGUUGUUGGGUAGUGUUCUUUUGUUCAAGUGUUCCUAAACAGUACACAGUUGUUGACAGAGGUUUUUUUCCAAUAUGAUUCUCAAUGGAGAAGAGAAACCCAUUAGUAGAGCCUGAAUGGAGGAGUGAUCAGAAGACUGAAAUAAAUGAAAUCUUUAAAGGAACAAAAUAAGACCUUUUAAAAGGGAUCAGUUAACUGGAGAUAGUGCUUUCUGGAACUGGGUUCUAACUUAAGCAUAAUAACAGCUCUAAUGCCACCUUUUAUUUAACAUCAUUUCCCUAAUUAUCUUGGUCUAAGUGUUUCCAAACUUCAUGGUUUAUUUUGGCCUCGGGAGCGGCUACCUCGGCGGGCUGUCUUCCCCAAGCAGGGGAUGGUGGCAACAUGAAGGUUAGGGGAAACGCGACCCUGAACAGGCAGCAGGAAGGCCGUGGCCUGGGAGGCUGCUGCGGACAGAUGGGGAAACUGAGCCUCGCUGGGGGGCGCGGGUCACGCGGUGGCAGGAGCAGGAACAGAAGGCAGGUGUCCGGGGCCCGGGCCAGUUUCCCAUGCAACGCACCUCGUCCAGAUGCAGCCGCGGCCGGGUCAGGUUUGCAGGGCCCGGGGCGCACGGCUCGGCCUGGCGGGGGGCCACAGCCCGUCCCUGACCCCAUCCCUGGCACGUCCCUGUCCCCGUCCCCAUCCCAUCCCCAUCCCGUCCCCGUCCCUGGCCCAUCCCCACCCCGUCCCCAGCCCUGUCCCAUCCCCAUCCCCACACCAGCUCUGCACUGGGGACCUGGGCCCAAGCUGGGGGCAGCCAUGGGAGCGCCCCGGGCAGGGGAUCGGCGGCCCUGCGUGGGUCCCCAGCGCCUUGACACCUUUGAGUCGGUGAAUCAUCAUCAUCAUCAUCAUCAUCAUCAUCAUCAUCAUCAGAACAGAGACACUGGGACGGGGGAGGCGCGGCAGGUGCAAGCUGACCCCGGGGCCUCGGACAGCACUGCCCGGCUUCCGGAGACCAGGAACCUGUCCCCCUGGGCCCCGGCCGCGACAGGCCAAGCCUUGCGGGCCCGCAGCCCCUGAGGCCACCGUGCCGGGAGCAAAGGGCGGGGAGCCUGCUGAGAACAGUGCAGAAACGGGCACACUUCUCUGCCAGCAUUUAUCACGCACGUGGUCAGGAGGAAGUGCCCGGCGGACGGGCCAUCUACUUGGAAGGCCGGCUCGGGUCCUGCGGGGCGCGGGCCAGGCCCCCGGUCGGCGGCUCCUUACAGGGGUCGCGGAUCUGAGAUGCUAAACACUGGGAGUCACAUUAAAAAAAUGAAAACAACAAAACCCUCUCAAAUUUUAACUGUCAGCUUCAACAGUGUGACGUGUCACCGGGACCAAGGGCGCCCCAGAGAGGAGGGCCGAGCGCCCCGGGGCGGCGGGUGCUCCCGGAGGGAGGGAUCUGACCCCAGGGCUCUCCUGGCACAUCCACCACAGGGCGCACAGGGCGCACCGGACUUCAUUCGGUUUAUCAGAAAACACGGCUCUCCCGGAAAACAGACUGAAGCUAUCGCUCCUUGGUUAGUUGUUUACAAUCUAGAUGCCACAUUUAAGAAAUGUUUUCCUACUUUUCUGAAAUUCUUCCUAUAGGGAAUAUAAACCACAAAGAGAAUACAGUUUUAAAACCGGAACGUACUUUCCAAGCCCCCUUCACCCCAAAUUUCAUUAAAUGCACAAGAGAAAACCCCCCUUUGUAAAACAGCUAAUAUGAUUACGGAAUAAUCAGUUGCAGAGGCCGUGCGGUGCGUAGCGACCACCGCCACCCCGGGCCAGAGCGCGCUUGGCAGGAACCAGGGAACUCCGCGUUUGGAAAGUAAAAAUACCAGCUUAUCUAAAGUACAUUUGGGGUUAAGAAAAAAAGGGGAAAAAAGGCAAGAGGACGCGCCAAGCAGAACUCUGCGGCCUGCAGCGCAGCCUGGGCACCUUUCGGAGCGGCUCCCCGCGAGGGCCCGGCCGCCACCUCCCUGGGGCCCGACGCCCCGACGGCCCUGGAGCCAGGCCCGAGGGGCUGAGAGAGACGUCAAGCAAGUGCUGAAAAGGUGCCUCGAGGAUCUGCCAGCGGAGUCUGGGCGAGUUUCUCUGCAGAUUCUCUGGGGGCUGCUGCUUUCCAAUUUCUCAGGAAUGUUUAAUUCUCCUCAUCCCUUCCCCGAAUCCCUCUCUGGAGAGGUCAGGGAAGCCUGUGACAUCCCCGGAGGGCACUGCCUGACUAAAUUAGCAUGAGAUAACUCUGGACUCUCUUCCAAACAUGAAAAUACAAGGGAGAGAAUUUCAUUAAAAGCAGAAGACUAGGUGAUCCAAGUUAAUCCCCGCCCUAAGCCGCUGUAGACAUGCUCAGUGUUUGUGUUCGACUCUCCUCUCUGCGACAGGGUUCACCGGCUCCACUGCCAGCGACGUGAAGGGCCCAACCUGACCUCAGCUGACCAAAUCUCUGUUGCAUAAUAAAGCCUCACAACAAUGACUGAUGCCAACUGAAUACGUAGCGGAUGAUGGCCAAUCCAUCCUACAUUUAUGGAGACAGAAGGCACUCUACCCUCAAGAAGCACCCACGGCAACAGAAGAUAUGUAAUGUCUUCCGAGAAAAUAAAGAUCUCGGGUAUCAAAAGUUGGGUUAGGAAACUCUCUCAAAGCUGAGGGGGAGGGGGCAUUUCGUUAUUUCCUCUUUUUUUUUUUUUUUUCUUUUUAAGCCUGUGUUUAUCACUUCUCAGCUGAAAUAUAAGCCACAUUCAGACCGAAGCAAUGCACAUAUGAAUACAGGAAACGGUGAUGGAAUGGACUGGCGUCCUCCCUGCCCUUUUUUAAAUCUACCAUGGGCAUUUUCAGGAUGGCUGGUGUGACUCAGUGAAAUCUGUGGCCAUAGAACUGUGCUGUUAAUUAGGAAAUGGGAAGACUGAAGCCCAAGCUUCAACCUUGCUAGUUUUAAGCUCUAACAAACCAAAAUCAAUUAACUCAGACAUAAAAUGUUGACAGCCUUUAAGUCACACAGAGGUUAAAUCUAACUUUCUGGUGAUUUUGAUGUUUUGUUACGAAUGCUGAAUAAAAUCUUAAGAGAUUUUGUGGCUAUCUGUUUAAUUUUUUAAAGCAGUAAUUAUUAACAUGACUCAUUAUGUGGGUCAUGGAAU